UGUGUCAGUCGUGUCAGUCGCGCACGUGGGUCGACUCAGACAAGACGUGUCUCUCUUCCCGCGUGUCCUUGCCGUAAAUAUAUUACCAGUGCGUAAUUCGUCAAGUGAUUUUCUUUUUUAUAUAAGGGCAAACGAUGUAAAAUCGUUGCCAGUUAAUGAAAGCAAAAUCAGUUAUGAAUAAAUUAAUCGUUGCGAUGAUAAUAAAACGGUGAAUAUUGUCGGAGUACGAGCGAGUGAAAUCGGGAGGUAGAGUUGGUUCCAUAAUACAUUUAUUUCUCGACUCGGGCCCCGAACUCUCGCUUUCACUGUUAAUCCAUCGCCCCGGGGGCCUCUUCCGUUUAGUUUCCAUUCUUUCCAGUGUGAUGCAACACCACUCGCUGAGUAAUAACUCAAUUUCCGCAUUCGAUUUUAUUUCUUAUGGAUUCAACUAGUCAGCAAAAUACCAGCAAGUACAUUGACUCGCAUUCGUCGGUGAACCGGGGACAAAUAGUGUGAACUUGACUGAUCAAUACUCCAGAAAUGGAAAAGAAUCAAUCGACAAUGUCAACAUCACAACCAGCGCCAACGGCACCACCACCCUCUCCCACAGCACUUCCACCAUCUUAUGAGGAAGCCAUUGCCCAGUCGAUGGGAAUGACAAAUCCAUCGAUCAAUGCCACACCAUAUCUGCAGAGUAAUUCUAGGGUAUCCGUGUCUACUCCGUAUGCUCAGCCCACAGUGCACAUGCCCAGGCCCCAUCAGCCCGAUACUACCGAUGGGUACGAUACACUUUACUCAGCCCCUCCCUCGUACCCAAUUACCUCGGAGGUGAGGGUGAUCCGGGGCCCCGGGUCGUACGUAUUAGGCCCAGGACCUGUGAAGAUGCAGUGUCCCUCCUGUAUAGCUGAUAUAAAGACGUCCACUGUUUCGGAUCAUCAGCCUAUAGCUCACGCCUGUUGCCUCAUUCUUUGUAUUUUUGGAUGUUGUCUGUGCUCAUGUUUGCCCUAUUGUAUGACUGCCUUCAUGAAAGUUCAUCAUUUUUGCCCCCGAUGUAAGAUGUACAUCGGUACUUGGAAAGGCUUCGAGCCCUCGAGAAGGCUCAUGGCGGUGAGAGUUUGAAAUUUCCGUGCUCAGGAAAUUAACUCAAUAAUGAGCGCCGAUACGCCCCGACAAUUUUCAUGCGGAUUAUGAUAUCGGCGAGGUGUGAUCAGGAUUUACGUUGAGGGCGAUCAACUGUUGCAGCUACGUCGCGCGAACGAAGCAAAAGAGGGGAAACUCAAGCUCUUUUAUCAUUUCGAAUAAUUUCUAUUUUUUAAAGAGACUUUAAUUAUUAUUAGAGUUUGUUUGUUUACUGGAAAGUUCUUCUUUCAAAAAGAACCAAUUCCUCAGAAAUGUUAUCGAAGGGAGUUAUUUUAGUUCGAAUACAACUGAAGACUAUGAUUUAUACUGCGUCUCAUCGAGAGACUUUGAGGAAAGAAUUUCAAAAAAUUGUCCAAUGAUAUUUAAACCUCAUCCUCUCCAUUCAUUCAUCAAUAUUGAAUGUGUAAAGAGUAAUAUCUGUUCGAUAGAUAUUCCAUAUGGCCGGAGAAAUGUAAUGACUGUACGUAAAGUCCAAUAAAUAAACAUCAGUAAUAUAUUUUCGAUGAAAAAA